AUACUACUAGGGAGGUUGCGUUGUGGUUACCGCAGUUAGUUACUCACUUUUCUCGAUAGAGAGUAGACGUGUUUUUCGCACAGUGAUACAAAUUGCAAUUAUCACAAUGAAAAGGCAAAGAUCUUCAGAGAGAAAAAGCCAGAGUGUGUCUAAGAGGCGCCGUAUAGAGGCCUCUUCAGAUGACAAGCAGUGGUACGAGGUGAUGCUGAGUCUGGCGGCUAAAUCUGCUUGUCAACCAGUCUUUACUUCUGCUGCUCAUGGAUGGGUAGAGCACAUUGAAGACUGGCGUAAACUGACCAGUGCUAUAAACAGGUCUGAGGAGCGUAGGGAACUACCCACCAUUCCACAACCUACGCACCAGAUGGAGUGGUUGGCUAGGGUCAACUUUAAGCACAGAGCAGUGCGCCGUGAAGUACCAGAACAAAGACGCCGUGACGUACCAAGCCAGAGACAACCCAAAGUCUCCAAAAGUCACGAUCUGAACUCCUCAUUUUACGUCUACUAAAGAGGAAUCUGUUUUUGGUAAAGAUAUAGACGGCAAACAUAUUCUGUCAGCAAACAUCUUUGUCAAGAUGGACAUAGUGACAAUACCGUUUGCACUUGCACUCUGUGUUUUAACACUUGACCAUGGAAUACUUGCAACUUUAAGCAUGUUUCGUUUCACAAAGACAGUGCCGUCUUCAACAUAUAAAUGUUGCAUGCUUGAUGAGACAUUGCUGAUAGUGCAUCCAUGCGAGAACCACUGUGCUGAAAUCAAAUUAAUUGAAAGUGCUGAAGUGGGACUGUGUUGUUGUCCACGCAUGUGUGACAUACUAAGCAGAGACUUUGUUCAUAAGGCAAUUUUUAUUGCCAUUUCAAGACAGACAAUGUGAUCAAAACUAAUAUGGGCCGAGCUUUUGUAUAGUUACGCCAUUUCUAGGGACAGUGUGCAUGACCUGUACAUAUAUAUAUUUUUGUAUUUAAUACUGUAACAAUUUCUGCAUUCAGAAGGAUUGCUUUUUGGCAAAUUUUAUUUGCCGUUAUUUUGCAGAUCUGAACUCACCAUUUUAGCGGUUUAUUUCUCUUUGUACAUUUGUAUAUGAAGGUCACCAGAAAAUGAAGAUUGAAGAUUCAAGCUAGUCUGAAAAUUCAACAUCAUUUUGAUUUUCAUUACACAUUUUCCUCUCUUUGUAAA